UGGGGCAGCCCACCCCAGCGGCCCCAGCCCGGCGAAAGCUUAGGGCUGGCCCCCAUGGCAGCCACCAUUCCCCGAAGAAAUACGCUGCCAGCGGUGGAGAACAGCAGGCUGCACCGAGCUUCUUCUUGCGAGACGUAUGAAUACCCCCAGCAUGGAGGCGGCAGCGCUGUGCAGUCAGUCGAGUCGAUGAACGAUGGGUACAACUCCUACCUGCAAGCCAAGGCAGCAGUGGCACGCUCCCACAGCACCGACUCUGAGGACAACUACGUCCCCAUGAACCCUGGUUCCUCGCCCCUGAUGCACACCGAGAAAGCCAACGACAAUGCCCAAAAUCUCUACAUCCCCAUGAGCCCUGGGCCGCAUCACUUUGACCUGAUGGGGUUGUCCUCAGCCACCCUCCCUGUGCAUAAAGGAGGAGCCAUGGCACAGUGCCAUAGACGGUUGAGUGAAAUCCAGCCCCCACCAGUCAACCGCAACCUCAAACCCGACCGGAAAGCAAAGCCAUCGCCACUGGACCUGAGGAACAACACCGUCAUUGAUGAGCUUCCCUUCAAAUCGCCAGUCACGAAAUCCUGGUCCAGGCCAACCCAGACCUUCAAUGCCGGCUCUUUGCAAUACUGUCGCCCUGUCUCCUCCCAGAGCAUCACCAGCACUGACUCGGGAGACAGCGAGGAGAACUACGUGGCGAUGCAAAACCCCAUUUCUGCUUCUCCUGUUCCUAGUGGCACCAACAGCCCAGCGCCUAAAAAGAGUUCAGGGAGCGUGGAUUAUCUGGCCCUGGACUUCCAGCCAAGCUCACCAGGGCCACACAGAAAGCCCUCCACCUCAUCGGUCGCCUCGGACGAGAAGGUUGAUUACGUGCAAGUGGACAAGGAGAAGACGCAGGCGCUGCAGAGCACCAUGCAGGAGUGGACUGAUGUGCGGCAGUCCUCGGAGCCCGCCAAGAGCACGAAGCAGUAGCGCCCGGGGCAGGCAGCGAAACAGGCAAAUGUCUCGGCAGUUUUCUCCAGCUGGGGCCCCGUCGGGCUGCCAGCUCCACUUGGGCUGGAUUUCUAAGACUUGUCUGCGGAGGGGAGGGGGUCUUCGUUUUUUUUUUUUCUUUCAAGACAAAAAGAAACUUAAUUUCAGGGGAAGACUUGGCGGAUACUGUUUGCCAGUGAUAAAGACCAAUUCUGUUCGGUGGCUAGGUUUGUGCUUCAGCUGCUGGAUGCACUAUCCAGGAACUUCAACUUAGCAAUACCAGCUUUCACCCUACACAUCUUGCUUACAGCUAUUAAAGCCACCUUGUAUGUGCUAACACUGCAUCAUCUCUCCCCGUCUUCUUCCAUACUGUACCCCCAAACGGUGCCAUGCAGGUUUGCAGCAUCUCUCAUAGGACAUCAUUCCCUAGCUCUGAUUCCCCACUCCUUAUGAUUGCCCUCUUCUCUGCCUCUUCCCAAUCCCAAAACU